GAAAUUUCAGCCACUCUUAUUUUGUGGAGACUUCAGCUAAGUGGACUCCUUGUCAUAUUAUUAUUAUUUUUUUGGAACCCUGUUCACAAAGCUUUCAGAGUCUGUCAUCAUAAUGCCAGCCUUUGGAGUUCAGCUUGAAACACACUAUACGAGUGGAAGAAUCAUCCGCAGAUUCAUUCCCGCCGGUGAGAUUUUGAAACCUGUUUUAUUAGAAUGUGUUACCCCCGUAACUUGUUACUGGAGCCUCUCUUUACUUGUGCGUGGGAAGGAAGAGCUGGUGUUGGUGUUCAAGGAGCUACACCCUCCAAUGAAGAUGUUGCUUCCCGUAUGGAAGGCCUUGUGUGCUAGCAUUGACAACAAAGCAGGUCCAGAGACAUGUGGGGAAGGUGAAGAUGGUUGAUGUCAAGGCCGUGAAAGUAGAAAAAGGAAUAUAUGAAAACAUAUCAAUUAGCAAAGAAUACAUACGUGGAUUGCUUACUGCAAGUGUAGAGAAGAGAUAGGGGGAAAAUGCAUUCUCGUCAGAGUAAAAACAAAUUAGUCCAUUUUUGUAGAAGAGGAUGAGCAUUGGAGAUUAUCAGCAAGUUUUGUCUGUUGCUAAAGGAAACAAACAGUGGAUGAGCUUUCCAACAAUAUGCAUAUUUGUUAGUCUGUUCACUUUUUUAGUAUGUUUUUCUUUUUCUUUUCUUUUCUUUUGUUGGUUUCAUUUGAUAUUGAAAUGGUAUACAAUUAAACAGGGUUGGGAUUUGGCUCAGUUGUAUGUUAGAAAAAAAAAAGUGAAUCAAAUGUUGAUCAUUUUCACCCUAA